AUGCGCAAGAACUGCACAAUCAUCGAGGGUUCACUCUCAAUCACGAUGAUCGGCGCAAACACGACAAUGGACGAGUUCGUCGUCUUCGAGAACCUCCGCGAGAUCACCGGCUAUCUACUCAUCUAUCAAGUCGGUGCCCUUCGCACGUUAAGUCGAAUCUUCCCAAAAUUGCGAGUGAUCGGCGGAAAUGAGCUUAUUAUGAGCUACUCGUUGAUCAUCUUUCAGAACUAUGAUCUCAUUGAAGUGAACUUGCCGAGUUUGACGACGAUUAGGAAUGGAGGAGUGCGGAUCACGGAGAAUUCGCAUCUAUGUUUUGUGAAGACGAUCGAUUGGAAAUCGAUUGUGAUAGGGUCGAUCAAUGACAUUCUCGUCGAAGACUACGCAUCGAUGCCCACCGCAACUAAAGACUCUUGCGACGAGUACUGCGAGCUGGAUGUUGAUGAGGGUUCUUGCCAUAAGAUAAACGAUGGAAACGCUUGUUGGAAUGCGGCCACAUGCCAAAGAAGAUGUCCAUAUUCCAAAGCACAAAACGGAAGUGGCCCAGGACCGGGAUGCUCGGAUCAAGAUGGGUCACAGUGUCAUUCACAAUGCAUCGGCGGCUGCUCUCGAGCCAACGAUCCGGCUGCCUGUCAUUCAUGUCUCCAUGUGGUACAUGAGGAAAAAUGCAUUGCCGCCUGUCCGCCGGGUUUCUUCAAAUUCCUCAAACGACGGUGUAUCACCGAAAAGGCUUGUCGAAGUGUCUCGGCUCAUCACAAAACAAUCCAUGGCGAAUGUGUGCCUGAAUGCCCGGACGAAUAUCAAGAAGAUUCAAAAGACCCACACCUUUGUCAAAAGUGUAAAGAAAGUUGUCCGAAGAGAUGUGAUGGAAAGCUCGUUCAUUCUAUGAGGCAAGCUUCGAGCUUAAAAGAUUGUUCGAUUAUCACCGGCAAUUUGGAGAUCGAGUUGAGGAGUGGAAUGGGCUCUGAGAAACCUGAGAAAUUGGCCGAAGCUUUUGGAAAGAUUGAAGUGAUCGAGGGAUAUUCUCUAAUCGUUUUUGACAAUCAAAAUCUUCGCCAGCUAUUCAAUCCUGGUCAAAAUAUCACCAUCGAGAAGGGGAAAUUCCAGAUUCAAAACAAUCGAAUGCUGUGUUUCAAUCGGAUUCACGAUUUCAUGAAAGCCGUCGGAAAAGAAAGCGAAAUGGACAAUGAUGAUCAAAGUUCGGAUAAUAAUGGCGAAAAAGCAAUUUGCGAAGAGGUGGGGUUGGAAGUGAACGAGAUCGAGGUGGAGCACAAUCGUUUCACCAUUGAAUGGAAACGUCCGAAUGGCAGCGAUUUUGACUCCCGAAAAUUCCUUGGAUAUCAAGUAUUCUACAAGGAGGUGCACAGCAUUGAUCACAGUAUGUCAAUUGAUGAUGACCGAUCGGCUUGUUCCGACUCAUGGGAUAUGCGUUUUGAGCCGGAAAUGGACGAUGCCACAAUUUCAAAUCAAUCCAAGACAAUCGGCGUUUCAAGCUCGUCGGUGAUCAAAUCCAAUACAAUUUAUGCUUUCUACGUGGAAACGAGAAUUGUGAAACACGAUGGAGCGAGAAAUUUCGUGUCAAAGAUUGGCUUCCUCGUCACCAAAUAUGAGCCGAAUUUCAAGAGGGUCACCCCGCUUUCACCUCACUCGGUUGAGAUUGAAUGGGAUGAGCCGACGAUGGCGGACGGAAACAUCUCUCAUUACAUCAUCACAUGGAUACGCGAACGCGAUGAAGCGAUCACUCAACACGCUUGUGAUAGGAGACACUCUCACGCCGCGGAACCCGAACAACCAGCCACUGCAUCGGUGAUGGCCACCUUUUUACCGAAGGAAGAAGAUCAGGGCACUUGCUCAAAUAUCUCGAUUGUUGCUUGUCAAAAUGUGAGCGUUGCUGAGAACUCAUGCACCAGCUCGUGGAAAAAUGUUCGAACAAAGCCAAUUCCUGAAUACGAUUUGGUGAAAAACGACACGAUUCUCGUUGAAGUGAUGAAUGAAAUAACGAACGAUGUGAAAGUGAAAUGGGAUGAGCCGGUUGAUCCAAAUGGGUUAAUCCUUGGAUACAGGAUUCGUUUAGAGAAUCAACUACAGAAUGCGCACGCUUUCGAUCAAUGCAUGAGUCGAUCGCAGUACAACGAGAGCGGCGGCGGGUGGUUGUUUCCGGGUUUACCCGAUGGAACGUAUAAGAUCGAGAUCCGAACCGUGUCACUGGCUAGCAUCUCUCAACCGUCUUCACCGAAAGCAAUGAUUGAUGUCUAUGCCCGAUCGUGGUUCACUUGGAAACGAUUACUCAUCAGCUUAUUCAUUCUCGUUAUUCUGAUUUCAGUCGGAAUUUUGGGAAUCUGGUCGAUCAUGAAAAGAUAUUAUGGAAAACAAUGUGGUGAAUUCGUGCGACAUGUCUCCGCAAAUCCGGAAUAUCUUUCACAACUGGAAGUUUAUAAACAAGAUGCCUGGGAGUUGCGAAGGGAAGACUUGGAUAUGGAAGAAGAGAUCGGAAGUGGAUCUUUCGGAAAAGUCUACCGAGGUCAUGCUCGUCAAGUGAAAUCAUUAUGCGGAGUGAUUUUCGGCGAUUGUGCUAUUAAGACCGUCACCGGGACAACUUCAGCUUCUGAUCGAUUUCAUUUCCUACUCGAAGCGUCUGUGAUGAAGCAAUUCAACACAAACUUCAUCGUCAAGCUUUAUGGAGUUGUCUCCGAUGGGCAACCGGUGUUGGUGGUGAUGGAAAUGAUGUCAAAGGGAAAUCUGAAAGAUUUUCUGCGUUCACGAAGACCGGGCGCUGAAGAGAACACCAAAGAUCUGCCAGUGCCCGCGGAGACUCAGUACUUCGAGUGGGCCUCGCAGAUCGCCGAUGGAAUGGCCUACCUUGAGAGUCUCAAAUUCUGUCACAGAGAUCUUGCGGCCAGGAAUUGCAUGGUGCAAGGCGAUGAAACGGUGAAGAUCGGGGAUUUCGGAAUGACUCGCGAUGUCUACUAUCAAGAAUAUUAUAAACCAACUGGAAAGAGAAUGAUGCCGAUCAGAUGGAUGGCUCCCGAAUCGUUGAAAGACGGAAAGUUCACCUUGAAGAGCGAUAUUUGGUCCUACGGAAUUGUGCUUUAUGAAAUGUUGACCUUGGCUCAGCAACCCUAUCAAGGACUUGCCAACGAUGAGAUUUUCAAUUACGUCGGUGUUUCGCGAAAGAUCUUGAAAAAGCCAAUAGAUUGUCCGGAUUUUUGGUAUAAUCUAAUGGCUUCGUGCUGGCGAUAUGAUCCGAGAGAGCGGCCAUCUUUCCAUCAACUGGUUCACAAUCUCGUCGAUAAAGCCUCCGAUUCGUUUAGAGAAAAAUCGCACGUGAUCAACAGCUUGAUAAUGGGCAACGAUGAAGAGCCAUCAUCUGCGCUUUCGCCUCGGAAAUUUCGAAAUUCUGUGGGAGAAGUGAUGCUGGAAAUGGAGGAGAUGAAUCAGGGUUUUCGACCAAGUAUCACUGAUGACAAUGUUUUUGAAAGUGAUGCACCCAUUCGACAGCACGAUUACAUCUCGUCGGAACUCGAUGAUUCGACUUGUCUUGAUGUGAACGGAAGCUCUUCCCGAUGGUCAUCGGAUCGAAAGGGCCGGAAGAAUCGAGCGCUGGGCGAAAUGCCCGGUCUAAACGAGGACCAAGGCACUCUAAUUCUUGCAACUCUCAACUUGUCAUCGGCAAAUCGGUGUCCGAAUGAGUGGAAGGAGUUCUCCGGACAUUGCUAUACAAAAGUCUUUGCCUCAAACACAAAUUGGGAGAAAGCUGAAAAGAUUUGCAAGAAAAUGAGUGCAAAUCUUGUAUCGAUUCACGAUAAAAAAGAAAACGAUUUUGUGAUCGAAACAACGUUCUCAACAUCAUGUGAAAGAGAUCGAAUGUCGUGGAUCGGCUUGAGGAGAAAGCUUCACUCAAAGAAUCGGGCAUGGGAAUGGAGUGAUGGAAGUGAGGUGGAUUACACGAGAUGGGCCGUUGGUGAGCCGUGGGAAAGCUCAACUGGAUGGAAUUGGGCAUAUAUUGACACCAAUGGAGCGUGGUUCAGCAUGGAGAAAAGGGCGCUGAAUUUCGCUGUCUUCUGCAAGCGAAAAGUUCCU